CUAUUUGAUAUUUGAUAACUUUAUACAUAAUAUUCGGAAAAAAAUUAAAAUUUUAAAAAAGCAUUGAAAAAUUUCAAAUAAUUUUGUUUAAAUAAUAAAAUUUUAUUUUGAGAAUUGUAAAAUAUGGUAAAUUUCGUGCAGUUGUAAUAUGAAACCUUUAUAUAGUCCAACAAUCAGAAAAAUCUUAGAUAAAUAUCCUGGGAAGAAAACAUUUGGUAUUUACCGUUUUUUGCCCCUAUUCUUCAUUUUAGGAGCAGCAUUAGAAUUUUCUAUGAUAAAUUGGACAGUUGGAGAAACUAAUUUCUACCGAACUUUUAAAAGAAGGCAAGCAAAAAAUUUUAUUGAAGAAAAACUAAUCGAAGCGAAAUUGAAAGAUAAAGCUUGAUAAAAUGCCAGCUGGAGUUUCAUGGGGCGAGUAUUUGAAAUUUCUUUCAUGCGCGUUAGUA